AUGAGUACUAAGCCGGCCAUCUCCGCGACGCCUCUGCUAUCACAAAGGCACAAUGGGAUCCCCGCACGACUCUUCGACAAGGCCCAGGAGGCCAAAUCUGCUAUCUCAGCAAUUGCCACAAAAUCCCAGAGUAAUCGAACUGCGAUUGCACUUCCCCAGGGUGUCGGAGAGAGUACGUUCCAUCGGGCGAUCGAUGCGCUCCGUGGACACUUGGGUAAAGACCAUGUGGAACUUGUCACAAAGCUGAAUGAUGGAUGGUAUAUGGAAAACCCCAAUACGCACGAUGCAAUGCAUGUGGCAGAAGAAGACGCCCUUGUUGCUUCGGCCAUAGUUUAUCCAAGCACCACAGAAGAAGUACAAAAGAUCGUACACUGGGCUAACAAGUACCGGAUCCCUAUUUCGCCCAUCUCAAUUGGCCGAAACUAUGGCUACGGAGGCGCCGCUCCUCGAGUCCGGGGUGCAGUAGUCAUUGACCUUGGGAGGCGAAUGAAUCGCGUCUUGGAUAUCAACCCUGAUGACUGUACUUGUCUGGUCGAGCCAGGCGUCACUUAUUUCGCGCUUUACGAAGAGAUUCAGGAUCGGGGCUUCAAGCAUCUGUGGGCCGAUGUGCCUGAUAUUGGAGGCGGUUCGGUUAUGGGUAAUGCGCUUGAUAGAGGAGUGGGCUACACCCCAUAUGGAGAUCAUUGGAUGAUGCACUCCGGUAUGGAGGUUGUGCUUCCGACGGGGGAGGUCAUCAGAACGGGAAUGGGAGCGCUGCCGGGCAACAAUAGCUGGCAACUCUUCCCCUAUGGAUUUGGGCCGACUCCUGAUGGACUUUUCUCACAGUCGAAUUUGGGCAUCGUGACGAAGAUGGGAUUCGGACUGAUGCCAAACCCAGGCGGAUAUGAGAGUUACCUCUACACAUUCCCGAAGGAUGAGGAUUUGAGCCAGCUGAUCGAGAUCAUUCGCCCAUUGCGAAUCGCCAUGAUCCUCGAAAAUGUCGCUCAGCUGCGUCACGUAAGUAUGCAGAUUGGCCUCGAAGGCAAACCUCGAAGCACUUACUACGCCGGGAAAGGAAGAGUUCCCGACAGCAUCAUUCACGAAGCAGCCAAGAAACUAUCGUCAGGGGAUUGUUCCUGGCUGUACUACGGCAUGGCGUACGGACCCCGAGAGAUCCGAAAGUACAAGCUUGAAAUCAUCCACAAAGAGUUCAUGAAGAUUCCAGGCGCGCGACGUAUCGAUCCAACGACUCUUCCGACGACUGACUAUUUCUGGGUACGCGACCGGAUUGCCUCCGGCGUCCCUGAUAUUGAGGAACUGCGCUGGGUAAACUGGCACCCGAACGGCGGACAUGCUGCGUUCAGCCCCGUAUCGCCAGUGCGAGGACACGAUGCCACGGCUCUUUGGGACAUUGCGCGAACACGCUGUGAGGAGUUCGAUCUAGACUUAUUCCCUACUUUCGUGGUGGGUCUACGCGAGAUGCAUCUGAUCGUUGAGAUUGUGUUCAACCGCGAUGAGCCUGUCAUGCGCAACAAUGUACGGGCCUGUCUGCGAGCUAUGAUUGACGAUGCUGCGAAGCUUGGUUAUGGUGAAUAUCGGACCCAUCUGGCUUUCAUGGAUCAGAUUGCUGGGACUUAUAAUUGGAAUGACGGUGCGCUUAUGAAAUUCAAUGAGAAGAUCAAGGACUGCCUGGAUCCGAAUGGUAUUAUGGCUCCUGGAAAGUCUGGCGUUUGGCCUGCGCGGUAUCGUGGACGUGGAUGGGAAAUGUCGGCAAAAGAUGAGGCUCCCGAAGGACUGGGAGUGGGUCCGAGUCCGGAUUCGACGAAGUUGUAA